UGCAACCACCAAGUGGGAGAGGAGAGAUGGCCAAACCCUAAAUGUUCUGGUAACCUAUGAUGCUAACUCUAAAAACCUACAAGUGACAGCUAGCUACCCUGAUGGUCAAAGUUAUCAGUUAAAGUAUAUGGUUGACUUGAGGGACCAUCUUCCAGAAUGGGGUAGGGUUGGAUUCUCAGCUGCUUCGGGACAACAAUACCAAUCUCAUGAGCUUCAAUCUUGGUCCUUCACCUCAACCUUAUUGUACACUUCACCUCACUACCUUAAACUUGGACGCUCCAUGAUAUGAUAUGGAAGAAUAAUGGUCUCUAUAUCACAAAUCUAGCUUUCAUGCAUGUAAGAUAUGGAAAUAACAUGACAAGUAUUGUCCACGGUCUAAGUUUUUAUUUCGUAAUGUUAAAACAACGCGCGUCAACUUUCUUUUGUAUGAAUAAUGUAUGAGUUUGUUAUCCUUUUCUUAUACAAGUGUUGUCAUCUUUACAUUA